AGAAUCAUGAACUUUUUGGAUAAACAGUCCCUAUUGUUUGUCGAGACAGCUGACAUGCUGGCAAGGAUGGCUAGAGAGACUUUGGUGCAAGCACGUCUUCCAAAUUUUCACAUUCCUGCAGCGGUGGAAGUACUUACAACUGGUACCUAUGGGCGAUUGCCAGCUUGCAUUCGUGAAAAAAUUGUACCACCAGAUCCCAUUACACCAAGCGAAAAGAGAAAUACUCUGCUUAGGUUAAAUCAGGUUAUUCAACACAGAUUGGUCACCGGAAAUUUACUACCUCAGAUGAAGAAUUUAAAGAUUGAAAAUGGAAGGGUAACAUUUCGUGUCGAGCACGAGUUUGAAGUUGCCUUAACCGUUAUGGGAGACGGGCCCAAUAUUCCAUGGAGGCUACUAGAAAUUGAUAUCCUGGUUGAAGACAAAGAGACUGGAGAUGGAAAAGCUCUAGUCCACUCCUUGCAAGUUCAGUUCAUUCACCAACUUAUUCAGACCCGGUUGGUGGACAAUCCACAACCACUGACGGAAGUGUACAAUUUUUUGCACCAUUUUUGUCAAUCUCUGCAGCUGGAAGUGCUCUAUUCGCAAACGCUCAGAUUGAUGAGGGAUCGCCUCGAUGACCACAUCCAUGUCGAUGAAUAUGUUCCAGGAAAAUGUUUGACGGUAUCUUACUGGAGGGAAUUGACCAGCAAAGGCAAAGAAAUGUCCAACAAGGAUUUGAGAUCUGAAUUAGGUUAUAAACUUUCUGUUCAAGUGGAUGUUCACGAUCCAGCGCGACCUUUGGCAGUCAUUCAUAUUCCUUCCUUGGGAUAUAAGGAAAGUGAAAUUGCUGACAGGGCUAUACGAUCUGAGGUAUUGUCCAUGGAGAGGCUGUUGGUACAUACCAUUUAUGUGAGGACUCGCAGUAGACUGUCAGACAUUAAGCUGGAGCUGCAAGGAAUGCUGAAAGAUGUCGAAUGUAAGUAAAUUAAAGGCAGAGUAUU